AAAGAGCCACUCUUUGUCUAUUACCUUAUUGUAAUUCAUAAGCAAACUAUCACACCUCUUUAUGCUUUUGCCUUUCUUUUUAGUUCACCAUCUUCUGGAAAAUCUCAAUGGAAUCCAGCUGAUACAGAUGAAUUGUGUAUAACAAAAAGUAAGCCAAACGCCCAAGAUGGAAUUCAGGUUCUUGGAAGCAUAGCGGCCUCCAAUUGUACCAAAUUCAAGGCAAAAGAUGAAGACUCAGAUAAAAUCCUUCGCCAAUUAUUGGGGAAAGAAAUUUCAGAGAAUGUCUGUACCCAGGAAAAGUUGUCCUUAGAAUUCCAGGAUGCUCAGGCUUCCUCAAGGAAUAUGAAAAAGAUUCUACCAGAGAAGAGAGAGCUAAAGCUCGCCCGACUGAGACAGCUAAUGCAGAGAUCACUGAGUGAGUCUGAUACAGAUUCAAACAAUUCAGAGGAUCUUAAGAACACUCCUGUGAGAAAAACUGACAAGCCAAGACCCCAACCCAUUGUGGAAAGUGUGGAAAGUGCUGAAAGUCUACACUUGAUGAUUAAAAAGCAUACAUUGGCCACAGGUCAUAGGUUUCCUUUUAGCAUCAGGGCUUCCAAAUCUGUGGAUGGCCAUAGCCCAUCUCCUACUUCAGAAAGCAGUGAUCUGGACUUGGAAACCCAGUACCCAAUACCUGGGAAUACACCUCAGGGCCAAUCACCUGGAGAUAUCACACAAGCCACUCCUGACAAUACUACUGCACAAAAGGUUGCUACUAGCCCUAAAAGUGCCCUCAAGUCUCCAUCUUCCAAGCGCCGAACUUCCCAAAACCUGAAACUUCGAGUAACCUUUGAGGAGCCAGUGGUACAGGUAGAGCAAACUGAACUUGAACUUAAUGAGGAAAAGGACAAAGAUCGGGUUAAGGCCCUUCCUCACCUUCCCCCAAAUAAUGAGACAAGUGACCAACUGAAAAGGCCUUUUGGAACUUUCAGGUCCAUAAUGGAGACACUGAGUGGCAACCAGAACAAUAACAAUAACUGUCAGGCAGUCAACCAGACCAAGACCUCAUCAACACUACCCUUUACCUCACUAGGAAGGAAAGCUGCAGAUGCCAAGGGAAAUUCAGUGAGCUCUGCUAGCAAAGGAAAGAAUAAGGCAGGGACUCACAGCAGCUGUACCAAUCUUUCCUCUAACUUACUGCUUGAAGAACACCUGUAUAACUAUGCAUG